AGGAAGAAGGCGGUGACACAUCCUUUCUUGGGCGAGUUGGCAGAUAAGAAAAGUGGUACAAGGACGACUGAAGUGAACAUGGCCCCCAGCACGCAACGGAAUGAAGUUGUGUCCGACGUAAAAAAGGGAAUUCGGGCAAUCCUGCUCGGACCCCCUGGUGCUGGGAAAGGAACACAGGCUCCUCGGUUGGCAGAGCAGUACUGUGUGUGUCAUCUGGCCACGGGGGACAUGCUGAGGGCCAUGGUGGCGUCUGGCUCUGGGCUCGGCAAGAGGCUCAAGGAGACCAUGGAUGCUGGGAAACUGGUCAGUGAUGAGAUGGUGGUAGAACUCAUAGAAAAGAACCUGGACACGCCUCCCUGUAAGAAGGGGUUCCUAUUGGAUGGAUUCCCCCGCACAGUGAAACAAGCAGAGAUGCUGGAUGACUUGCUGGAGAAGCGCACAGAGAAGCUGGACUCUGUGAUCGAGUUCUCUGUCGACGACUCCCUACUGGUGCGCAGGAUCUGUGGCAGACUAAUUCACCAGCCUAGCGGUCGCUCCUACCACGAGGAGUUCAACCCACCCAAAGAGCCAAUGAAGGACGACGUGACAGGGGAGCCGCUGAUGCGCCGCAGCGACGACAAUGCGUCGACGCUGCGCUCGCGGCUGGAGGCCUACCACGGGCAGACGGUGCCCCUGGUCAAAUACUACAGUGCCCGCGGCCUGCACAAGGCAGUCGACGCCGGCCAGUCCCCCGACGUCGUCUUCGCCUCCAUCCUCGCCGCCUUCUCCUCGGCCGCAGCCGCCACCUGUAAAGACCCGGUGCUCUUCGUCUAAGCUCCCUCUUCCUUUUCUGUCUCUCCUUCACGCUCCUGUCGUCUAGCUUUCCAACUCUCCUUUUUGAAUCUUUCUCUCUCGGGACUAGUCUGUGCUCCGCUCUCCUGCCCCUCUUCUGCUUUCCACUUUCUUCAUUCUGUGGUGGGGUGGUCUCUACCUUGUACUUGAAUGCUCUCCACUACUGGGACUUGAAUAGACUUCUCCUGGAAACUACAGAGACUGGACUAGCUGGUUAUAAUGGAGUGUAUAAGAUGAGUGUAUUUUCCCCUUGGGCCAGGUAUACAUAUCAGUGGUAAUCAAAGGCAUGUUUCUUUGUCAUUCUUUGUAAACAGGUGUAGACGAACAGUGAAAUGCUUACUUACGGGCGCUUCCCAAUAAUGCAGAGGGGAAAAAAGAUUAAUAAUAACACAAGGAAUAAAUACACAAUUGCUAACGAUAACGUGGCUAUAUACACAUGUCUAUAUAAUGUAGCUUCAGUGAUGGUCCCUGUCCUUGGAUUAAAUUGAGGAAGCAGUUGGGAAUAGGGAUGUGAUUUAAGAAUGAAUUACACUUCAUCUGAAUGUAAUGAGUCCUGGGCUAGAUGACAGGGAUAGCUAAUGUCGUACAAUCUCAGAAGUCUACUCAGGAAUUCAUUAUGAAUCUAUUGCCUCUUCUACUUUGACACCUUGUGUGCUUUGGUUAGUGAAAGCAUGCUACUUUUCUAGAGUAUAGUCAAAGUACCUGUCAUACAAUGUACAUUUAGUUCCUGUUAACCAACACUUGUUUUUGUUCCUAUUGAUGUGAUUUAUAUUCCACACUAUGACUAGGCUACCAGUUGACUCCUUUGCCCUUUCCUUUAUCCUGUCUAGAUCUGUCCCCUCUCUGUAGACUGACUUCUCUCCUCUGAAUGCAUGAUGUUCUCAGGGUAGUCAGAAAACGAGAGCGGUUGUAUUAUGUGACACUAUUGGCCAGUAGGCUUGCGGUUAGAAUUUUUCUAGCUUGACUAGAUAAUGUUAAAAGUAUCAAAACAAUGACACCACUGCAUUGAAUGCUGCUUUAGUUCAUGUAGUCAAGUUUUCUACUAGCAAAAUUAUUGUUAAUCUACUGCUGUCACCAUUGUAGUUCAGCGUUAAUUUAAACUUAUGCGAAGCCUAACGGCUGAUGCUUUUGAUUGUUAAAUGUUGAGGCACUAAGUUUUAAAAUGGAUGUUGGAAGCCUAAUUGCACUAUAGAUGGACAGGAUUGUUAAGUUGAACAAGGACCUGUAGCUGUCCAAGGGAGCAACUUGAGACUAGCUAUACGUUCUGCAUCAUGCAGCUUUGAAUGACCCAAAACUCAGUAUUUUGUUAAAAUGUUUGUGCGCAUGUCUUUAAAUUCACCUGAGACUUUUUUUUUUUUUUUUUUUUUUUCCC